AUGGUGGAAGAGGAAGAAUCAGUGCGUGUGAAAAACUAUCUGGCCAAGCUUCGUGAUCCAGUCACGAAUAGAUUUCAUUCGGUGACUGCUAGGGAAUUUCUUGAAUGUUGGCAACAUUAUGAUAAAGACGGGAACGGUUAUCUGGAAGGAGCUGAACUCGACGGAUUCCUAAGAGAGUUCAUUAGCAGCGUUAUUCCGGGAGACAUCGGUGACGAAGUUGUGUCGGAGAUAGCUUUAGCACAGCUCAAAUCGGAAUUUAUGGAAGCCUACGAUGACAACGGUGAUGGUCGGAUCGAUAUUAAUGAGCUCGCCCAAAUUUUGCCAACUGAUGAAACUUUUCUUGCGUUGUUCCAACAUGAAGCUCCUUUGUCGUCGAGCGUGGAAUUUAUGCGUGUUUGGAGGCAAUUCGAUGAGGACAAUAGUGGUUACAUUGAACAGAAUGAACUUCGAGGCUUUCUGAAGCACUUACUUGCUCGAUCAAAUGUGGAAAUAACGGAUGAGAAACUGGAUGACUACACAAAUACAUUCUUGAUCCUGUUCGAUCGCGAUGGUGACGGAAGAUUACAGCUGAGCGAAAUGGCUCGACUGCUCCCCGUGAAAGAGAACUACUUGGUAAAGCCGCUGUUCAAGAACACGAAGGGUAUCGAUGAACGUACGGUUGACAGAAUAUUCCGAAAAUACGACACCGAUGGAAAUGGAAUUUUGGAAGAUGAGGAACUCUUAGGAUUCCUGAAGGAUUUGCUGGAGGCCGGGGGCGGGGAGUUCACUGAGAAACGAAUGGAGGAAAUGAAGAACUCUAUACUUUCACAGUGGGAUGUAAACCAUGACGGGAAGAUUGGUAAGGAGGAACUGACAGACCUUAUUUUACAUACAGUGCGUAUAACACAGGAAGCAGAGGCCCUCACGCGUUACCAAGACUAA